AUGAAGCCUAGUUCCAUCGAGGGCGCGUCCAGCAAUCUCCCCGACCCGAAAAUCACAGCAAAAGCUACUCCAUUUGGCUUCGGAUCCAAAGUAACCGGUGGCGGAAAAGCCCAACCACAAACACCAAAGAAUGCUGCGGAAUUGGAAGCCUGGCUGACUGACAAAGUCCCAAGAGUUAUUAGGAUCGACAAAAUUUACGACUUCACUUCUCCCACUAACACAACUAUCAAAGGAUGGGUUAACCAAAUUCUUGCGGCUUCAGACGACUGGUGUAGCAAAGAGAAAAAUCUUCCAGGCAACGUUCCUGUUUCAGCUCAAGUCUCUCCAUUGAAUCCGAUAAAGAUUCAAGGUCAAAAGACUCUAGUCGGUUUCACUUGUUUUAAUGAACCCAGUGUUCAUAAGCCUCUCAAACUCAUCCAACUUAUUCAUCAACUAUCUUCACUAGAAUGUCCACAUUACCUGGCUCAAUCCAUCCGUUGUCGUCAAAUGAUUGCCGGCGGCGGUAUGCACCAGGUUGAAGCCAAUACGGGUAUCACAAUAUCCAACAACCUUUUUUCGGGAAAAACCAAAUGGUCACAAAGGUGUAACAAUCGUCAUUACUGGACAAUACUAAUCUCUGGUGCUGAUGACGAAGUAACUAUGGCUCGCAAGUUGAGUUCUUCCUCUCGUACCUAUAUACACUUGAACCAAAUUAUCCAAGAAGAGAACGUAAACCGGGGAAGAGCCCCGAAAACGGGAGGUACUGGGAAUCCCAAGGUAUCAUUACACUACUAUAACAACGUGCACACAAAUAUUUUAGGUGAAACAUUUGAGAUAGGAAGUGGAAGCAAUGUCUUAGCGGAAGGAAACAUUUUUGAUAACGUCAAAAUCCAAAACCCUUCCGAUAUCAAAACACAAGACGCUGGUCACUCCCAAGUUUUGGAUAAUUUAAAAAGAUUUCCAGUUGUGGCACAAGCCAAUAUCUUGCCCGCCUCCAGCAUCCAGCGUGAAGUUUCAGGCCAAUGUGGUGCUGGUCAUAUCUAA